CUGACCCCUCGACGCAGGAACAACAGAAGAUUCCUCUAUCUGAGGAUGACCCUCUUUCUUCAUUGCAUCUACUUGCUGACAUCCUUGAUGAUAAGCCUUUGGAGGUUCAGUAUGAUGCUAAUGUAUUUGGGCAUGGCUCUGAGGUCCCAAUAUACCUUAAUAGCCAAGAUGUCCGUGAGCUUGCGUCGGGAACACAAGAGUUGAAUAUUUCAAUUAUUCAACUAUGGACGAUGUAUAUGUCUGGGGUCACUAAUAAGUUGGGGCGUUCUGAUGAUUAUGGAUUCAUUGAUCCCCAAGACAUUCAUGAAUCAAAUGAUUUUGAUCAUAUCAACAUGAGAAUGAUAAGCAGUUUUCGAAGGGGCAAGAAAAUAUACUUUUUGCCUUAUAUAUCCGGGCGCCAUUGGCAACUUCUUGUUAUGUCUGUGCAAGACAACUAUGCUUUGUGGUUCUGCUCAUUGCACAGGCCUCCUCCCACACAACUCAGACAAGCAAUUGAUUGUUCUAUUCCAGCAAGUAUGAUGAUGGACGGGAGAUCAAUUGUUAAGAGUAGAAAGAUUGCUUGGAUUUCUCUCAAGGUUUGACAUAUGCUAAAGUCAUACUUUGUUAUAAUUGUUUUAUAACAAAUGUUAUUCACUAACUAUUAUCAACUGUGAUGAUAUAUUGUAGUGUAACAAACAAAAUGGGUCAUAUGAGUGUGGAUACUAUGUAAUGUAUUGGAUGACCCAUAUUGUUCGUUCUCACAUCACAAGAAGCUGGGAAACGGUAAUAUUUAACUUUAACAAAUUUUGAUUUUUUAACAAAUGUUGAAUUCAUAUACACUAAUUAAAAUGAAUUGUCUUUUGCAGAGAUUCAAGACUACUACACCAGUUCCUGAGAAGUCACUACUAUUCAUUAGGAACGCUGCUGCGAAGUAUAUAGUUAGAUUAUACAAUAGCUCUUAGAUUUAGAUUUAAACAAUGCAUUUGAUUAGAUAGAAUUUUCUUAGACUCUCUACUUUAUUUGAUGUUGAAAUACAUUUGAACAUGUGUUUGUUAUGUUGAAAUUGAAUUUCUGUAAAUGUUUUUAUAUGCAGGUCUGUUUUUGUGGUAGUGGAUAUCACAAAAACA